AUGAUGGAUGAUGAGGUUGAACCUCUGGCCUUGGAAAUUAAAGAACUAAAAACGGUAGUGCAGGGACUCGAAAGCUUUGUUCAUAAGCAGCAGAAUGCUAUCGAACAAUUUUCCGAAAAGUUCGAACUUCCGGACGAGGUCCCACAGAUCUGCGAUGAUAUGGAAAUUGAUAAGCCUGAAGACCAUCUUGAACGCAGAGUCUCUGCUGUCGAAUCCUUCUCAGAGGAAGCUGAAGCCCAGCGCGAAGCCAGGAAUGCCGAGAAGUUUGAAAAAUUUCAACAGGAAAUGCUAAAGUUGAUUCAUUCAAUGGUAGAAGAAAGGACUUUGGCCAGUGCUGCAGAACUUUCGGCUCAGCAAAGCAAGAUCUUGCAGGUUGAAGGACCAGAGCUGGAUCUUGAAAACGAAUUCAACAGCAGAUUUUCUGCCUUCAGGAAAACAAUAGAUGAUGCAGUUGAAAGACAGGUAGUCAUCACAAUUGACCGACAAGCAGUACAAGAUAACCUUCUGAUGUGUCUGAAGACUUGCGCCUUCAAAUAUUGGAUUUGA